AAAAAAAAUCCCCAGAGAGCUACAUUUCUACAGUUGAUUAAUCUGCUUGCAAUAGUCUGUAAAAUAGCAAUUUUUCACUAGAUUCUUUGAAUUUUAUUUAACAUGAUGCUAUUUAUUUUCCAUUAUAGGUACAUUUUAUCGAAUACAAGAUACUUUUCAAUAUUUAUCUACAGAUUAUCUUAAUCAGCUGAGGAUAUCAAACCAAUACCUGUCAUCGACGAAAACAUUCAGAAUAAUACACGCGACAAACUUGGAAAAUGCAAUGUGUUGUAUGUAUAAUGUUUAUUUUAUCUUCAUCAACAAUGAUUAAAUCUCAGAUUCGGAAUGCAACAUUUCGGAAAAUAGUUUCCUCGCCUUCUGAAAAUGUGAAAACUUUAAAGGAAUACAGCUUAAAACACGCGAGAACCCCUGCCUCAAUGACGUGUUCAGCACGUUGUCUGGAAACCAGGACGUGUUCCACUUUUUCCGUUUGUUAUCAUGAACAGGAUCUGCGCUGUAGAUUAUAUGAUGAUCCUGGUGCUCCGAACAACAUCACAGAAGUUUCCAGUACCUGUGAGCAUUAUUUAAUGGGAGCACCAGAGAAAGUUGCUCAGCUGACAUCUACAGAAGUUGCCAUUAUGACAACUACAGACGAUGUUGCUCUUAUGACAACUACAGAUGAUGUUGCUCUUAUGACAACUACAGAUGAUGUUGCUUUUAUGACAACUACAGAUGAUGUUGCUUUAUUGACGUCUAUUAAGGAUGUUACUCAGACAACUUCCUACGAUCUUGCUCGACAAACGAGUACAGUUUAUGUAAAUCCAUUAUUGAGUACAGAGUCCGCUAGCUUUACUGCUGCAUCUGUUGACGAAAUGACUACCGGACUACCAUGUGACGAUAGAAGCAAUCCAUUUCUUGUCACAGAUUCACAAGCAAGUUUUGGCUGCGGUGAUUGUGACUGUGUAUAUCUCCAAUCAGCUGUCUCUGGGGAAUAUGUCAUCGAUAUCUUAGGAAAACUUACCAAAGUCGUUUGUGCGUUUGAAAGAAACUACUCUUGGACCGUUAUCCAGCGCCGAUUUGAUGGAUCAGUCAACUUCUACAGGAAUUGGCAACAAUACACUGAUGGUUUUGGAUGCACUACCUCAGAACUAUGGCUAGGUAAUGAUAACAUUCAUUUGUUGACCGAUUCUGGUCACAAUAAAUUACGGAUUGAAAUGGAAGAUGAAGGAGGUCACCUGUAUCAUGCAGAGUAUACAAACAUCACUGUAGAGGGUUCCCAACAAAAUUAUAGACUGCAUGUAGACAGUUCAGCAUACCAUGGAAAUAUACCUGACAGUCUAGGUGGACGAUGUGACUAUUGCCAUGACAACAUGAUGUUUUCCACAUUCGAUAUGGACAACGAUGAAGACGUAACAGGAUCAUGUGCGAUUUAUUGGAGAGGGGCGUGGUGGUACAGAAUCUGUUUCCAUCUUAAUCUCAACGGUGAAUUCAGAACUGGAAAUUUUAUUUGGUGGAAUGGAGAUUAUCCAAACUAUCUCAUCAAAUCCAGAAUGCUGCUCAGAAAGUGAGCGAUAUUGUAAACGAAACUGUUACACAUUGCCACCCUAUACAGAAUUCACCGUUCCAAAACUUUUCAUAUGAAAAAUCCCCCUAUAUUCAAUAAUUAUUAACAAAGGUUAUACAUCUUCAAAAUGUUUCUUAAUGUGACGGACUGAGUAGGAAUCAAUUCCACACCGUAAUAAAAUCAGGCAAAAUGUACAUGGAAGCAUUAUCUAGGAUACUUGAAAAAUAGAAAAGAAAAUAAUUUACGAA